CUUCAGACUAGACAGCUGCCAGUUUCCUGGUUCUUGCAGCUAUGGAUCUCCCUGACAAGGCUCGAACGCCAUCCAAGACCCCUUCAAAGAAACGGGAACGCAUGGUCUCGUUUCCCAGUAGCCAGGACACACCUACCAAGAGUCGGAGAGGCGAUACCGAUCUAUAUGGGAGGUCUCGGACCAAAUCGCAGAUGAGCGAAGUCGUAGGAGAGGACAUGGCAGCUCCGCUCCAGGGCGAUCUUUCUUUCUCCAUGCCUCAUUUUGGGCCUGACGAGGAUACCGACGAGGAGUCUUCUGAGAACCAAGCGGGAACUUCGAAAUCUAAAGAGGAAGAUGAGGAUGCGGUCGAGAUGACCUACAUGACGCCUCGAAGGCGAAAAAAUGCUGCUGGCUCGAGUAAACCGAUAGACAAGGGCGUUGUAGAGCAGUAUGAACCGCCAAGUUUUGCUCGAUCAGAAUUCGAAACGAUCGUUAGGAGACUGAGGAACCGGAAUACGACCAAGAAACCGACCACGCACAGACCCAGGUUUAGGAACAUGAGCUAUGAUUGGCAAUUCGCCGGUUGGGGGUCUAUGAGCUAUUUAGAUCUGACCCCUGAGGACCUGCAGCAGGCCAGAAGCAAGCUGGAGAAGCGCAACGAUAAGCCGAAACUCGAUCAGUAUCGAGCGACGUCGAUCGCAGGGAAUGCCGUGUGGGGGUCGGUCUUCUACUCACUCCCAGCGAUAGCAGCAGUAGCGGAUGUAUACUCGCCGAUCUGUAUGCUGGUUGCGUGUAGCAUCUUGUUCCUCCUCAAACCGAUCCUCCUCGAGUUGGGAAGCGCCAUGAGGAUUGAUGGAGCCAACUACACGUACAUGCUGAAUACAACAACAAAGUUCGUGGCUCUGCUCGCGGGGACCGUGACCAUUAUUGAUGCUGUUGCAACGGGUAUUGUCUCUGCAGCAACAGCGGCGUCCUAUAUUGGCGGAGAAGCCCGACUUCCCUUCCCGGAAUUUGUCCUGGCCAUCAUCCUCCUCGCAGCCUUCACAGGACUCUUUCUGAUGGGCGUCAAAGAGAGCAGCGGUGUGACUUUGACCAUCUGCACGUUUCAUUGCCUGACCAUGCUCGUCCUCGCUAUCGCCGCGAUCAUCCAUUGGGCACAGGUGGGAAAUGCUGUGAUCUCUGAGAAUUGGCACUCCGCGCCUGCAGUUACCGGAAACAUUGCCAAAUCAAUCUUCAAUGGAAUCUGUAUAGGCCUUUUAGGAGUUACGGGGUUCGAAUCCGCACCUGCAUACAUCUCCUCGAUCCGCCCUGAAGCCUACCCUAAGGUCCUGCGCAACCUCGUCAUCGGCGCCAUCAUCGUCAACGUUCCCAUUCUGCUCUUGACGUACGCCGUCUUACCGAGGGAAAGCAUCAUGAGCGGAGCAAACAUCUUGUCCCUAGUCGGAGAGCGUGCAGCAGGUUCUUGGUUGAGGAUUGUCAUCGUUAUCGAUUCCGCUGUCGUACUGUGCGGAGGUGUAUUGACUGGUGCCGUCACUACCUGCAGCUUGGUGGAACGUUUGACACAAGAUCGAGGCUUGCCCGCCUUCUUCCUUCGGGCUCUGCCCAAUGGGUCUUUAUGGGCGGCUUGCGCGCUGUAUCUAGGUCUGACCGUAAUCCUAUAUGCGAGCUCUGGCUUCUCCCUGUCUCAGUCUAGCAACGUCUUUUCAAUGAGCUUUAUGUCGGUCCUUCUCACAUUCGUAGUCGCCGGCCUGAUGUUGAAGAUCAAUCGAGACACGCUCAUGCGAAACAGUCGCACCUCAGCCGGUCUGGUCAUCCUGGCCUUGGCUGUGAUCACAACGACGAUCCUCGGGAAUCUCGUACAAACGCCUAUCAUCCUACUAUUGUGGGGCGUGACCCUAGUGGUGAUAAUGUUGCUCCUGACGGUUUAUCAAAACCAACCUCGGAUCUACCGCUGGGUCUUAUACCUGUACGACAACGCAAGGUUCGCUCGUAAAUGGAACAAGAACGGAGAGCAAUUCUUCGUUCGGCGGAUUAAGGAGCUGAACAAGCACGCCGUUUGUAUCUGGAUCAAAACGGACGAUAUUGCUACAAUGGUGCGAGCGGAGCUCUAUGUCAGACAGAACGAGGCGACUUCACGCCUGGUCUUUAUACAUGCCUACACCUCGGUGAAUGCCAUCCCCUUCGAAUUGGAAGCCAACGCCAAGAUCGUCGACGAGAUUUUCCCCGACAUCACAACGGAUCUCGUACUCGUCAAGAAUCACUCAGCAUUUGGCCCAGAGCUUGUGCAUGCGGUAGCGGAGAAACUGGGCGGGAUGCCUCACGCUCACUUCUUUGGCAAUUUGGACGAUGCUCACUACCCCUUGGACCUUGCAUCUUACCAGGGUGUUAGGAUCUGGGGCGGGUAGACCUCGUCUGUGUUGUGGAAGCGUUUCAUCUCUUAGAUUUAGAUAAUGUACCCCUUGCCUUAUACCCCGCCCGGAGAUGCAUAUUUUGUCAGCACACC